AUGAGCAAUAAACGCCAGGUCUUCCUUUCGCUUCAUCAUCGCGAUGCUCUCUCUAUCGGUGGGAACAGGCAGCGAUUCGGCCAUGCGGCCUACCACUGGGGGAUUGUCAUUUCACCCAAAAUUUCCAAGGGGCCAGAUUGCUAUGCUUUCGACGUAAGCGAUGGAAUUAUACUUGAUCCGGCGCGCCGAGUUAAUCUCAACCAAGAAGGCAAUUGGUUCUUUCGAGGAAGAGCAAACAUCAAUCCAGAAAAGAGCGGUCACCUUCUUGGAAGGGUUAUGAUUGGGAAGGUGCCCAAUGAGGUUACCUACGUAGAACUCCAUGGCCUUCUCGAAGCAAUUCCACUUCCCCAAAAGAGUACUCUGCCGGAGCAAAACUGCGUCACUUGGACGAGAGCCGCCAUUUGCAAGCUUCAGGAGAACGGUCUCGUGGAGCAAUUCGACCUCGGCCGGUUCAUGGACGAGUCGCUUGCUUUCGCGGAUCAACGCCUGCAAAGCAUCGAAUCUAAGCCCGCCAGCAUCAACUACACUGGUCGGCGUAUGUGA